GUAUAGUAUAUGAUAAUGGGGAAUUGGGGGACCAAUGAAUUCUAUUACUUUAUUGACUCCCUCUCCUCUCCUCUCCUCUCCUCUCCCCUCCCUCCUGCAUUAUGUCAGACAAUGCUUCAUCCAAAUACCUGCUCUCUCAACAGACAGCUUGUUUUUCUUUACUUUUUUCUUUCUAAUAAAUUCUAUCUAUUGUCCUUCCAAAUAAACAAUCUCUUGUAUAUAUAUAUAUAGACACCAUUCUCUUCUUCUCCAAACAAAUCCCCCAACCACAUCCUUCCUCUCUCUCUCUCUCUCUCUCUCUCUCUUGAUGUUGUUCACCAUGGUGGAGGAAAUUAUGUUGAAGAAACAAACUUGUGUUCCAAGCAGCACAACUUCAGCAUCAGCACUGGGCAUGCACAAGGACUCACAAAUAAUAUCAAAAGUGAAGCCAAAGAUUCGCAUAAUUCACAUAUUUGCACCAGAGAUCAUCAAGACCGACGUCGAGAAUUUCCGAGAACUUGUUCAGAGGCUCACUGGGAAGCCCACAGAAGAAGCCAACAACACAAACAAGAAACCAAGAAUUCCAAGAAAAGAAGUGAUUCACAAGCCACUGCGAACCGGUUUUCGGUUUUCCGAAUUCAGAGAAAGAAUUAAGGGUGAAGAUGAGAUGUGGGGUGGUGGUGAAAACCCAAAUACUGGUGGUGGCGGUGGCGGUGGCAGUGGCGGAUUUCUAGGUGGAUUUGCAGAUUUGGAUGGGUUCAUGCAACAACUUAAUGAAUAUCCAUUGCUUCCUUUGGAUGCUUCUUCUCAAAUGGAUGCUCUUGGAGAGACACAACUUGCCUAGUUGAUCAUUGUUCAUUAAUUAUUUUCAUGACUAUUUGAUUAUUAUUUUUUUGUUCAACUAAUCUCUAAUACAUGUAGUUCCGUCUUACAUAUAUUCAAUAAUUAUCGAUUUUAAAUCUAUAGUUUCAAGAAGGUGAGAAAAGAAUUUUUGAACAUUAUGGAAAAUAGAAUCAUAGACUUUCACCAACUGAUGCAACACCCUUAUCAGUUUCAUUAUUUAUUCAAUCUUUUAUUGUUGAUUUUUCCCUCAAUUAUAAGUUUUUUAAUUUUAAUUUAUAAAUGUCUAUAUAUUAUGGAUAAAGGGAUAAACAAACGCUUCUACUUUCAUUUUUGUUAUUUUGCAAUCUCCUCAUCUCUAGUUCCACUUGGAUUUUUUUAAGCAGCUGAAUAAAUUGUUUUAUUUUGUUUAUUUCCAAGUUUUUAUUUUUCAUUUGUUUUAUGAGUUUGUUUCUAUCUCUUGGAUGUGGGCCAUGUCUUACUAUUAGGCUUUAGUUUGUUCAUGUGGGGCCUUCUACAUCUGUCUCUAAUGGAUCAUACGACAAACUCCACCUUUUUUUUCAUUUGUACUCUUGAAAAAUAUAAAUACCACAGCAUCUCUUAAUUUUUCUCACUAAAAUAAUUUGUAACAUUUACCAUAACAUAGUUUAUAAUAUUAUCACAAUUGUUCAUUAUACAUACCGUAUAUUCAUUCAUUUAUAAUUUUUAUCAUAAAAUAAUAUAAUUAUCACCACAAAAUAACAUAGUACGAUCCUACAAAAUUAAAAAUUAAAUAAAAAUAUGUACUAUUUGUAUUUUCAUAAAUAUAACAUAAUGAUUCGUACUUUAUGUCACAAAAUAUUAUAAGAAAAGCAACUACAAAAUCUAGUAAAUUGAAUCACCACCACCAGGAAGUCUCAUAAUCAAAAAGAUUGUAUUAUUCAUGUUCAUAGCAAAAGAGUAAUAUUAGAGAUUCACAUUUGAAAUUUACAAAUAUACUCACAAUGAUAUGACAAGAAAGUAGAAUCCCACAUAAUUAAAUGUGAAAAAUCAAAAGUUGACCCUCAUCAUUCCACAUCAUUAUCAGUGAAAUUGCAAGGGUUUUAUUAAGGAUCUCAAACAUUUUUCAUAACAAAAUAACAAACUUCGUAACAAAAAAAAUUAUAAUGUUUAUAACAAAAUAACAAAAUGAUUUUGGUUAACGAAUGCCCUAAAGGCAUUGAUUAACAAUGUUUAAAUUGAUUUUACAUUACAUGUUGUACGCACUCCCAUGCAUCAUGUACAAACAUUUUCAAUUUCUUAUCAAGUGCUCUAACGGUAAUCAUUAACAAAACUAUAACAAAAUUUCAUAACUGAGACAUUUUAUAAAAUACGUCACAAUGAUUCAUAACUAGCGUCACAAAAAACUUAGUAAUUAUAAUAAAAACAAAAAUAAAAAGUAAAUAAACUUGCUGCUUAUGGAGGAUGAAUUAAAAGGGCAAAUGCUGGAUCAGAAUUAUUUAUUUAUUUAUUUUGCAAGAUAAUAUAGCAGCCAAAAGAGGACAAAACGAGCAGACAGAAAAUACAAAGACGAAGAAGAAGAAAGAAAAGAAAUGAAAAGAAAAGAAAAGAAAAGCUUCUGGAAAAGAGCCUUCAAGGAAGAAUCUUCUUCAUAGAGUUCAGUAAUUAUAAUGAGAUCUUAACCACUUCUCCCAAAGUCAAAAGGGGACCCUCCGAGACUCAUGGAGGUAAUUGGAUUGUUACCGUUAUCAAAUUCAAUUUAUCUUUUUUAAUUUAUCAAAUCAUAAAGAGUAAAUUACAAACACCCCCUCGAGGUUUGAAGAAAAUACAGAUUCUUCUCUGAGGUUUAAAAAAUUACAUCCCGCCCCUUAAAGUUUAUAUUUUCAUAACAAAUUACCCCCUGAGGUUUUUAUUUGCAUACAGAUUCCCCCUAAUUUUUCCUAAUUUGUUAUGAAAAUUUAACCAUCAGGAGGUAAUUUGUAAUUUCUCAAACCUCAGGAGAAAAUCUAUAUUUUAGUGUUUGUAAUUUGCCCAAUCAUAAAUUACAAACACAAACACAUCACUUCGAUUACAUUUGCACCUACUCGUAAUAAACACAUCUAUUCCAUAACAAGACCCCAAGUUAUGUCAAAUGAACUUUUCAAAAUAAAUCAAAUACCCAUGUUAGACAUUCGGACAAGAAUAUGGGAGAUGUAUUAUAUAUAUAUAUAUAUAUAUAUAUUAUACAUGAUAUAAAUGUCUUUUUGAUAAUAUAUGUUACAUAUAACACAAUUUUAUCUCACAUACUUGAUUAAAAAUAUAAAAAUAUAACAAUUUUUUACCAAAUUGGCGUAUCAUUAAUUUAUGAUUUGAUGAGUCUAAUAUCUAAAUAUAUAUGAGCACUCGAUACCCGUAUCUGAGUCCAUAUAAUAUAGCCUACAAGUACAAUGACAUUUAUUGAGAGAAUUCAUGAACCGGGUAAAAAAUAUCUAACGAUGUUCAUCCGAUAACAAAUAUCAGUUUCUAAUCAAACAAAUAUAAAAAGAGAAUUGUCUUUCACUGAUGAUGCAGAGGACAACAAAGUCAAGCGACCAAAGGCACGUUUUGCUCAAGUGGGUCUUAUAAUUCACACACAACCCAACCCUCUAUUAAUUAUAAUUUUCCUUUCACUUUCUGCGUAUAUUAUAUAUAUUUAAAAACCUAAUUGAUGCCUAUCACGUUGUGAAUGCAAUUAUACAACUAUAAAUAUAUACAACUAGAAAUAUAUUUUUUUUCUUCUCUUUCUUGAUUGCAAGUGUGAAUCAGACAAUCACAAAGCAAGAAGCAAGACGAACACGAGAUUAAAAGUAAGAUAUGGGAUACCAACUCUGAUAAACUACCUUUUCAAGAUUUACUAACUCCAACCUCAAUUGACCUGAAUUUUAUUCAGUCAUAGAAAGUUCUACCAAAGUCUUCUAACAAAUAAGAUUUCUUCAACAUUAAAUAACUUAACCCUACAAUCAUUCAAUAAUUUUAAAUUCUACAGUGGCUAAAAGGAUGAAUUGGUAUAAACACAUGAAAGAUUGGUCCAUUAGCCAAAUGCAUUAGUGAUAAAUCAGAUAAAAAAAAUUGCAACUUAUAAAAGACUCUAGUUACAGCAAGAUUAUAUAAUGAGGAAAACAAAAUGAAUGCAGCCUUAACUCCGUUCAGGGGAGGUGGUUUCGGUGACUCAACCACGCCACAAAGGUUGCUAAUGCCAGGACUUAAGGAAAUUUGGUCAUGUAGCAUUAUUAAAAGAAAUUGAAAAAAGAGAAUAAAACAUAAAGCAACUUAGAGAGAGAAAAUGAAGAUUUUCUUUUUAUAAUAUUGUGGGGGUGGGGGAUGGAAUAGUUGAUGAACUCUACUUUGGUUCUACAUUGUAAUUAUAAUUGUUGAAAAAAAAAAAAAA